UUUGUCAAAACAUAGUUGACUUAAUAGUUGGCUAGUAAUAUGGUGGGGUCCACCGUCCAUGGGUGACAAGUUUCGGAAUCAUGGUUUGGUCGCGCCGGUAAUGGUGGUGGAUUGGCGCACUUUGGUCUUCUUCAUUCUUGGGCUCUCUUUCUUCUUUAUGUCUCUUGGUGGUGGGUUUGAAAGAAUUUCUUUCACUUGAAAUCUUUACCAAAAAAGAAAAUGGAGGGAUAUCAACAAGCAUGGAGGCCAAGGUUGUCCUUCAAGAACGCCACCAUAUUGGUCUGUUUGAUGAACCUCAUCACUGUCCUUCUCUUGCUUCAGGGUUUUCUUUCUUCUUCUUCUUCUUCUUCUUCCCGCUCCAAAUUUUCAUCCUCUGAGUUCAAUUCAGUUCAAUUAAGGUACAUCAGGGAAUCUGAAGAGAUCCGUCUUGCUAUGCAACCCUUGGAACUGAUAAAAAGGGUGAAGGAAAUUCAGAAAGAAGCAUACGCAGAACCAGAAAGAGUCCAAGAGAAAGAUGUAAAGCAGACCGCUGCUGCUGGUCUUUCAAAAAGGCUAAAGGAUUUGCGCUCCCUUAAUGAUGCUGCAAGUUUGAAAGCUCUGGAGGAGUGGCGGAAACGGAAGAUGGAACGAGAUAGACUGCGGCAACUUGAGAAAAAUGGUACCGCCAUAUCUCAAUCUUGAAAGGAUUAUCACAACCAGCUUACUGAUUAUGCUGGUACUUUGAUAUUGGGUGAUUUGGCAAUUCUUGUUGACAACAAAAUAUCAAGUUGUAUGGAAUUGUUAUACGUGUAUAUAUAAAUAUAUCACAAAAAAAUUUCCAUAAACACAGUUUCUUGUAACCCCUGAAACAUUUUCUUUUUCUAAUUAAAGGGCGGACUUCAAUCA